GAGAGGAACUGUCGCUCUCCUUCGGCCCCGGAGACGAGAGGAGAUGAGGUAACGGAAUCGAGCCGUGGUGCUACUCCUAUAUAAGAGACCCGCGACGAAGCCGUCGUAGUACUUGCAUAUCCACACGCAUACAUCGAUCCAUUCGCCUGCCUUGCCCGGUGUAUGUAUAUGUCGACAAUGGAGGUGGCGAAGCCCCGGCAGGUGGCUCGGAGGUUCCUGGCGCGGCCGCAGCACGAGGGCGCCGGCGCCGUCGUCCGCCGCAGCAUCGGCAGGUUCGAGCUGAGGUAUUUCGAUCCGUUCCUCGUCCUGGACGAGUUCUCAGCUUCUGCGCCGGCCGGGUUCCCUGACCAUCCACACCGGGGCUUCGAGACCGUCACCUACAUGCUCGAGGGGGCGGUGACGCACGAGGACUUCGAGGGCCACCGUGGCACGAUCAAGGCCGGCGACGUGCAGUGGAUGACGGCCGGCCGCGGCAUCGUGCACUCCGAGAUGCCGGCUGGCCCCGGCACCUCCAAGGGCCUCCAGCUCUGGGUCAACCUCGCCUCCAAGAACAAAAUGGUCGAGCCCGGGUACCAGGAGUUCCAGAGCAAGGACAUCGCGUCCACCACGUCGGCGGACGGCGACGUGACGGUGCGCGUCAUCGCGGGGGAGGCCAUGGGCGCCCGGUCGCCGGUGCGCACGCGGACGCCGACCAUGUACCUCGACUUCACGGUGCGCCCGCACGCCACCGCGCCCGUGCGGCAGCCGGUGCCGGCCUCGUGGAACGCCUUCGUGUACGUGCUCGAGGGCGAGGGCGUGUUCGGGCCGAUGACAGACCAGAAGCAGCAGGCGGCGCAGCCGGCGGGGGCGCACCACCUGCUGUUGUGGGGGCAGGGCGGCGACGGCGUGGAGGUUUGGAACAGGUCGGACAAGCCGCUCCGGUUCGUGCUCGUGGCCGGCGAGCCCAUCGGCGAGCCCGUGGCGCAGCUGGGCCCGUUCGUGAUGAACACCGAGGAGGAGAUCGACGCCACCGUCAACGACUUCGAGUACUUCAUCAACGGGUUCGAGAAGGCCAAGCAUUGGAAGUCGCAGGCCAUGAUCGCGCUAGAGCUAGAAUACGUAGGGUGAAGGAAAGAAUGGGAGGACAAACUGUGAAGAACGUACUGUGCGCAGGUUAUUUAUUUGUUUAUUUAUUUCUUUCUUUCAUCCCGACAUCAGUGAUUGCUUUCAUGUACAUAUUCCAUAACAUAAAGGUACAGUAUACUGAUUCUAAAAAAACAGUAUACUGAAUUAUACUCCUACUACUCCCCCUCCGUUUUUCUCUCGUUCCUGGGGCUGGAACCGUGGCCGCCGUCAGGAGAGGCCAAUCUUCCAGCGCCGUCCUCCGGUGACUCCCCUCCAUCGGCGACCUCGAUUGUCGGUGGUGAGGGGGGUCGCCGGAUCCACGCGGGUGCACCGCUUUUUACUUUCCCGUAGUCUAGGUUUUUAGAUUGUUCAUUGUUUUGGCUUUGGUGACGGCAAUGACGGCAUUGAAUAAAGAUUUUUUGGAUCCUUUC